AAGCGCACGCGAAAUUACACAUUUUUAUAGGUUAUAUUUGUGACUGCAGCUCUGCAGCUGUCAAAAACAGGACAUUUUAUAAACAAUAAAAAUAGAAAAAUGAAUGUCUUAGAUAAAUUACGAUAUUUAGACGCCUAUCCCAAAGUACUCGAGGAUUUUGACAGUUUACGAAUAAAAACAUCCGGAGGAGCUAUCGUGACAGUUAUAAGCACAAUAAUAAUGGUGCUACUAUUUAUUUCUGAAGUUAAUGACUUUCUCACACCUAAUAUUAAUGAAGAAUUAUUUGUCGAUACUUCUAAGGGUUCAAAUUUGAGAAUUAAUCUCGAUAUAGUCAUACCAAGAAUUUCCUGUGAUCUUUUAUCUUUAGAUGCAAUGGACACGACUGGUGAGCAGCAUUUGCACAUAGAACAUAAUAUUUAUAAAAGACGAUUAAAUUUAGAAGGUAGACCUAUUGAGGAACCAAAGAAAACAGACAUUAUGGAAGUCAAGAAGAAACCAACUGAAAAGAACACAACAGUGGAAACUUGUGGAAGUUGUUAUGGAGCCGAAGAUGAAGCGGCAGAUAUAAAAUGCUGUAAUACUUGUGAGGCAGUGAAGGAUGCGUAUAGAAGAAAAAAAUGGGCAUUUUCUGAUGUUUCGAAAUUUGAACAAUGUCAAAGCGAAAAAGGUGUGGAAAAAAUGAAACACGCUUUUACAGAAGGUUGUCAAAUUUACGGUAAAAUGGAAGUGAAUAGGGUCGCUGGUAGUUUUCAUAUUGCGCCAGGCGACAGUUUUUCGGUAAAUCACGUUCACGUACACGAUGUUUCACCGCAUUCUUCAACACAAUUCAAUUUAUCGCAUGUAAUACGUCAUGUAAGUUUUGGAAUUAAUAUACCAGGCAAAACAAAUCACUUGGAUAAUACUACAAUAACAGCUACAGAAGGAGCAAUGAUGUUUUACUAUUACAUAAAAAUAAUUCCAACGACUUUCGUCCGAAAGGAUGGUUCUCUACUUUCAACAAAUCAAUUUUCGGUGACAAGUCAUUCGAAGCAUGUAUCGCCAAUGUCAGGAGAUUCUGGAAUGCCGGGGAUAUUUUUUAACUAUGAAUUAAGUCCAUUAAUGGUGAAAUACACAGAAACAGCAAAGUCAUUUGGACAUUUCGCCACGAAUCUCUGUGCAAUUAUUGGAGGCGUUUUCACAGUUGCUGGACUUUUUGAUUCAUUCCUUUACCAUUCGAUUCGAGCAAUUGAGAAGAAAAUCGAAUUAGGAAAAUUUAGUUGAAACAUUUCUAAUUUGCCACGUAAGAUAAAUUUUUCAAAGUAUUAUUCAAAUUAUGUAAUUAAUAACUAAUUAUUAUUACUUUUAUUGCUAUUAUUAGUAAAUAUUAAUUAGUUAUUAUAUUAAUUAUUAUUAAUUAAUUUUAAUUACUUUUAAUUGAUUUUAAUUAAUUUUAAUUAAUUACAUAACUAAUUAUACGAACGAAAGCGUUAAAUAUUGACUAAAGAAAAAUAAGAUCUUUUAAACUUGUGAGAUUUCGACUUUGAUAAAUAUUUUUCCAACUGUAAAUUUUUUCCCACAAUCUAUAAAGUACAUAUUAUGUACAAUUUUUCUCAACUUUUAUAUAAAUUUGUACAUUUUUAAUUUAUAAAUUUACAUUGUAUGUAUAUCAUUUUCUGUCGUACGUUUAAGAAUUUUUAUUCUUGUAAAAGAAUUCAAGUUACGAAAUAUAAUAAUGUUUAAUAGUA